AUGUUGAGGUCUUGCACGUGUUCUUCAUCUCGUGCUGGCUCAAUGGAGGCCGCAAUACCACGAUCCCUCGACCUAGAGCAAAAGAAAGACCCGGUCACCACCAGUACUUUGGAAAGAAAAGCUUCUACGCUGCAGACUUCGGUGGAGGUUUUGAGGUGCAAGUUCGGCAAGCCAGUUACAGUAUCGAAAGGUGACAAGAGCUUUCUGCCCUCGAAGGAAUGGACACCGAUAUACUAUGCAGUCUAUCACCAACGCGAGGCCGCUCUCAUUCACUUUCUACGAAGCGGCGGAUCGCCAGACGAUGUCACCGGUUUAGGCCAGCCGCCUCUUUGCAUCGCCGUGGCAAGGGGAAACGUCGAGAUCAUACGGAUUCUGCUCGACGCAGGCGCAAACGUCAACGCCAGGACAAGAGACGGGGAGACUGCUCUACACGUAGCAAUUCGACAUGGCCGUAGCGACAUUGUCGAUGUUAUCAUUGCGGCUGGUCCUGAUCUGGACGUACAAACUGAUGAGUCUGGGGAGACGCCACUGCAUCUCGCAGCAGCAACGUCUGGAUCACUAGCUACGAUCGUCACUUUAUUGAGAAUGGGAGCGAGAUACGAUACAUUCAACGUAUACAGCCAGACACCAGCCGAAGUGGCAUUAAAAGCCAACAACCUGCAUGCAGCCGUUGCCAUCAUCAAUGCUGCACAUGGAAAGCGCAGCAAGCUCGUCAAAGAGAAGGAGAUGUUGCUGAAGCAUGUGCAGAAGACGCAAGGUCGCCUCUCAAUCGGGAACGAUCUCAUUGCCGAUAUCUUUACGGCAGCAUGCGAUCCAGACUCCACCGUGCUCGUGGAAGCGAUCAAGAGGAAUGAUCAGAGUUUGGUGGAAAUGUUUCUCGAAAAGGGCUCAGAUCCAGAUCGCCAGACAGGAAAGGGAGAGAUUCCCAUCUUCGUUGCAAUGGAGUGCGCGGGACCAUCUGUCAUUCAGGCGCUGGUGAAGCACAAUGCAGACGUUUCUGUUCGGUACAGGGGUCUUACUGUUCUGCAAGCUGCUUUCGAAGGCCCGUCCGCACAGGACGAAAAGGCCAUGGCUACGAUUUUCGACACUUUGUUGAGACAAGGCGCAGAUGCCUUGGUGACUUGUCCAGAUGGCAAGACAUUGCUUCAUCUUGCAGUGAGCUCUGAAUUUGGCCACACGAGGGUCGCGCACCUGCUCAUUGGGGCAGGAGUGAAGGUCAACGUGCAGGAUUACAAAGGCAACACUGCUUUACACCUUGCGACUCACAGCAGGCAGUGCAUCGAUGUUCUGCUCAAGAAUGGAGCGAACCCUCAACACGUCAAUUUGAACGGACUUACGCCUCUACUAUUCGCAACGACACUGGGUGACAAAGCGAGGGAGCCAGAUCUCGAGUCUUUGAUCAAGGCUUCAGAUCUUCGUAAAACCAACUCCCGUUCACAGACUGCAAUACAUCUGGCUGCAUCGAAUGGCCUUGAGAAGACCAUCCGUCUACUGCUGCGAGCUUGCGCUGAGACCUCGACUGUCGACUCCGGCAGGAACACUCCACUACUACUCGCAGUGAAGCAUCAACAAUGGUCCGUUGUAUCGAUGCUUGCCAUUCCCCCAAGCAUAAACUCAUGGGACGAUAACGGCAUGAGCGCACUACACCACGUCGCAAGGAGCAUUCCAACCGGCUCAUCCACAUGGUCAGACAUUGCCGCAGCCGCAGCGCCAAUCUGCAAGCGUGGUAUCAGCCGGAGCAUACGCGACCGCUCAGGCGCCACGCCGCUCAUCCAGGCUGUCAAGACGCUCCCGGAAGACGGCUUGCCGGUUGUCAAAGUCUUGCUGGCGCAGCCGGCUGACCGAAGAGCAAGCUGGAAUUGCGUGAGCCAUGAGGACCACAGGAACCGCGACGCCUUGUACUAUGCGAUUACGCUGAAGAAGCCGGACUUUGUGGAAGCACUACUUGGGAAUGGGGCGGUGUUUACACUUGCUGACUGGGGGGAAGGGUGUCUCGACAUGAAAGCACCGUCUGAUCAGCGGGUCAUGGAGAUGUUGGUUCAGUGUGAAUGGGCACGCCGUGCAAGAUCCCUUCCAAGAUAUGGAGCUCCAGAUGCGGAAGCCACUGCCUUUUCUUCGGUAUUCCCAGUCAAGGAUGUUCAGCAGAUGCUAUCAAUGGGACUCCAAGUCAACGCUCUCCCACACUCACCACUCGGCCCAUCCAUGCUCUGGGCUAUCCUACACCAGAUUCCCCUAAUUCCACCACCAUCACCAAAAUACCUUCUCGACAUACUAAACCUCGUAUUAGACGCCGGCGCCAACCCAACCGCACUCCCGCCACACGCCUCAAAUCCUUCACCCUCGCCAGAACCCACAAAGGAAAACCCACACCUACCUCCCCACCCACUCACAUUCCUCCUCGAACAACACCCCUCAAUAGACAUAAACCUCGUAACCCUCCUCCUCACCAAAACACCAACCCCACCCCCCGAAUCCGCCCUCAAAACUGGGCGACAAGGCGCUGAAAAAGGGCGACGUGGUGGAAAAAGAUGA